AUGCCCGUUCGCUCAGACUUUCGGCCGUGCUGGCGACACGGCCGAAACAUGUUUGCCUCGACAUUGCCAGCUUGUUAUUACUUCUGAGAUGUUUAUUACAUGUUGAGCUUUACUGUUGCUUUAUACCGAGAUGUAGUCUAUAGAAAUUGCCGUAAAGGCAGCGUCUGUCUUUCCGUAAACAGCUAAAAGAAAGGCCUCACAAUUGCGAAUAUAAUCCCUAUUAUGAUGUUGGGGCGGAAGCAGAGCCUCAAGGGGGAACCCGUCCUGGCCGAUUACGGUCCGGAAGAGUCCCUCAAUGAGAGCGCUGACAUAGAAUGGGUCAACAAGUUAUGGGUGAGGAGAUUGAUGCGAUUUUGUGCCCUGGUCUCGUUGGCUUCCGUUUGCUUGAACACUCCGAAAACCUUUGAGAAAGUACCGGCCCUUCAAUAUGUUACCUUUAUUUGCGAUUUGAUAGUCACGUUUCUGUUUACCGCGGAAAUGAUUGCCAAAAUGCACAUACGAGGAAUAUUGAAGAGAGAUAAGUCUUACUUGAAGGAUCAUUGGUGCCAAUUCGACGCGAGUAUGGUGAUCUUCCUGUGGCUGUCUGUGAUUUUGCAAAUGUUCGAGAUGCUGGGUUUUCUCGUAAAAUUUAGUUACGCUUCGAUUAUGCGUGCACCACGCCCACUAAUCAUGAUACGCUUCCUCCGAGUCUUCCUCAAGUUUUCAAUGCCCAAAGCUAGAAUCAAUCAAAUUUUCAAACGUUCGAGUCAGCAGAUCUACAACGUGACGCUUUUUUUCCUUUUCUUCAUGUCCCUUUAUGGUCUCUUGGGCGUGCAAUUCUUCGGCGAAUUGAAAAAUCAUUGCGUUCUGAAUACAACUCAGCCCGAUCACAUUACGAUCAACAGCCUGGCUAUUCCCGACACAUUCUGCUCUACCGAUCCAGAAUCCGGGUAUCAAUGUCCCGAAGGAAUGAUCUGCAUGAAGUUGGAGUUGACCAAAUAUAUUAUAGGCUUCAAUGGAUUUGAUGAGUUCGCCACAAGUAUCUUCACUGUAUAUCAAGCGGCUUCUCAGGAAGGAUGGGUUUUCAUUAUGUAUCGUGCGAUUGAUAGUCUACCAGCGUGGCGUGCAGUUCUUUACUUCAGCACAAUGAUAUUCUUUCUGGCGUGGUUAGUAAAAAACGUCUUCAUUGCCGUAAUCACGGAAACUUUCAACGAAAUUCGAGUGCAAUUCCAACAAAUGUGGGGCGUCAGGGGUCACAUCAGCAACAGUUCUGCAUCGCAGAUAUUGACCGGAGACGACAAUGGUUGGAAAUUAGUGACAUUAGAUGAGAAUAAGCAUGGCGGUCUAGCUUCUCCGGUUUGUCACUCCAUCCUUAGAUCACCGUAUUUUCGCACGGUGGUAAUGUGCGCGAUUCUGGCGAAUGGUGUCACUACAGCAACGAUGAGCUUCAAGCAUGAUGAAAAACCGAGGCACACGUACUACAACAAUUAUUACUGGGCCGAGAUCGUCUUCACGAUAUUGUUGGAUCUAGAGACUCUCUUCAAGAUAUGGUGCCUGGGCUUUCGGAGUUAUUAUAAGCAUUCGAUUCAUAAGUUCGAACUGCUACUUGCCAUUGGCACGACUAUACACAUUAUUCCGUUCUUCUAUCUCUCUGGAUUCACUUACUUUCAGGUUCUCAGAGUAGUCCGGCUCAUUAAAGCGUCACCGAUGUUGGAAGACUUUGUCUAUAAAAUUUUCGGCCCUGGCAAGAAGCUCGGCAGUCUUAUUAUUUUUACCAUGUGCCUGCUGGUAAUAUCGUCCAGUAUUUCCAUGCAACUCUUUUGUUUCCUUUGCGAUUUCACCAAAUUUGAAACCUUUCCCGAGGCGUUUAUGUCAAUGUUCCAAAUUCUCACGCAAGAGGCUUGGGUGGAUGUAAUGGAUGAAACUAUGUUACGAACCCACGAGACAGUAGCACCGUUGGUUGCAGUAUAUUUUAUUUUGUAUCAUCUUUUUGUUACGCUGAUUGUGUUGAGUCUUUUCGUCGCAGUGAUUCUUGACAAUCUUGAGCUGGAUGAAGACAUCAAGAAAUUAAAACAAUUGAAAUUUCGCGAACAAAGUGCCGAGAUAAAAGAAAGCUUGCCAUUCAGACUAAGAAUUUUCGAAAAAUUUCCAGAUAGUCCGCAAAUGACAUGUCUUCAUAAAGUACCGUCAGAUUUCAAUUUGCCGAAGGUGCGCGAAAGCUUUAUGCGACAAUUCGUGCUCGAGGUGGAAGACGAGGAAAAUGAAGGUGCAAAGAGAACGAACGAAACUUUUGAUUCGAAAAUGGUAUAUAGGAAACAACGCCCAGUGAAGAUCUUGAACAAUCCACCGAAAGUGAGAAGCGUUGUUACUAAUCUGAAGAAAGCAGCUGUUAUUUAUAUUAUAAACGACUCCAAUAAUCAGAGGCUUCUCUUGGGAGAUUCCGCUAUGAUUCCAGUGCCGGGAAAAGGACUUUUGAAACCGCAGGGUACUGUCAGCAGCACCAAGCAGCUUCGCAUUGAUCCGAAAAAAUCAAUCAGAAGAAGCGUCCGAAGUGGAUCGAUUAAACUUAAACAGACGUACGAACAUCUCAUGGAAAACGGUGACAUAGGUGGAAUAAAUAGAGUUAGUUCAUCGCGCAGCAGACCACACGAUUUAGAUAUCAAGUUGUUACAAGCUAAGAGACAACAGGCGGAGAUGCGAAGAAACCAACGCGAAGAUGAUCUGCGAGAAAAUCAUCCAUUCUUCGACACGCCGUUAUUUGCAGUACCUCGGGAAAGCAAAUUCCGAAAGUAUUGUCAGCUGUUUGUCUACGCAAGAUAUGAUGCGAGACUGAAAGAUCCUUUGACAGGCAAGGAAAGAAAAGUGCAAUAUAAGAGUCUGCACAACUUCCUCGGUUUAGUGACCUAUCUCGAUUGGGUGAUGAUAUUCAUUACGACGUUAUCGUGCAUCUCGAUGAUGUUUGAGACUCCGCGAUAUCGCGUGAUGGAGACGCCGGCAUUGCAGAUCACUGAAUACUGCUUUGUUAUUUGUAUGAGUAUUGAACUGGCGUUGAAAAUUCUGGCGGAUGGUCUGUUCUUCACACCUAAGGCUUAUAUCAAGGACGUUGCCUCUGUGCUGGAUGUCUUCAUUUAUAUUGUAAGUCUUGUAUUUUUAUGUUGGAUGCCGAAGAGCGUGCCGCCGAAUUCUGGAGCGCAAUUGCUGAUGAUAUUACGAUGCGUCAGGCCGUUAAGAAUCUUCACCCUUGUGCCGCACAUGAGGAAGGUCGUUUAUGAACUAUGCAGAGGAUUCAAGGAAAUUUUACUGGUAUCGACAUUAUUGAUUCUGUUGAUGUUCGUGUUUGCGAGUUAUGGUGUGCAACUGUACGGCGGUCGAUUAGCGAGAUGCAACGAUCCUACUAUCUUGAAACGCGAGGAUUGUGUCGGUGUAUUUAUGAGAAGAGUAUUCGUAACAAAGAUGAAGCUACGGCCCGCGAAAAACGAGAGCUAUCCGUCCAUAUUGGUACCACGUGUAUGGGCUAAUCCUAAAAGAUUCAAUUUUGAUAAUAUUGGCGACGCUAUGAUGGCUCUGUUCGAAGUGCUUUCUUUUAAAGGUUGGCUUGAUGUACGGGAUGUUCUUAUCAAGGCUCUUGGUCCGCUUCACGCAAUCUAUAUACACAUUUAUAUUUUCCUCGGUUGCAUGAUUGGCUUGACAUUGUUUGUGGGUGUUGUAAUCGCGAAUUAUUCUGAAAACAAAGGCACUGCUUUGCUCACGGUUGAUCAACGACGAUGGUGCGAUUUGAAGAAACGUUUGAAGAUCGCUCAGCCACUACACUUACCGCCUAGACCGGACGGUAAGAAGUUUCGGGCUUUCAUCUAUGACAUCACGCAGAAUAUUUAUUUCAAAAGAUUCAUUGCCGUCAUGGUGCUCGUAAACAGCGCUCUACUAUGUGUUUCUUGGAGAAUCGAGGAAGAACACACGGAAGCUUUGGCUACAGUCUCCACAAUUCUGACAUUGGUUUUCCUCGUAGAAGUAAUUAUGAAGAAUAUUGCUUUUACACCACGUGGCUAUUGGCAAUCCAGAAGAAACAGAUAUGAUUUGCUCGUAACAGUCGUAGGUGUUAUUUGGAUCGUUAUACAUUGUACGAUGAAAAACGAUCUAUCCUACGUGAUAGGAUUUAUGGUCGUAAUCCUCAGAUUUUUCACCAUCACUGGCAAACACACCACUCUCAAGAUGCUGAUGCUGACGGUCGGCGUAUCCGUCUGUAAAAGUUUCUUCAUCAUAUUCGGCAUGUUUCUUCUUGUCUUCUUCUACGCGUUAGCUGGCACCAUCAUUUUCGGCACGGUGAAAUAUGGGGAAGGCAUUGGCAGACGCGCUAAUUUCGAAUCACCGGUUACUGGCGUGGCGAUGCUCUUCCGCAUAGUGACGGGGGAGGAUUGGAACAAAAUUAUGCACGACUGCAUGAUACAACCACCUUAUUGCACGCCGGCGGAUAAUUACUGGGAAACUGACUGUGGCAAUUUUCACGCUUCUCUCAUUUAUUUUUGCACCUUUUAUGUCAUCAUCACUUAUAUCGUCUUAAAUCUUUUAGUGGUAUUAUCAUGGAGUAACUUUUCUCUAUUCUAUUCAAAUGAAGAGGAUGCAUUAUUAUCGUACGCUGACAUAAGGAAUUUCCAGAAUACGUGGAAUGUCGUUGAUAAUCAUCAGAAAGGUGUUAUACCAGUGAAGAGGGUGAAGUUUAUUUUGCGGUUGUUAAAAGGCAGAUUAGAAACUGAUCCACAGAAAGAUCGUCUGCUCUUUAAAUACAUGUGCUAUGAACUCGAACGAUUGCACAAUGGCGAAGACGUUACUUUCCAUGAUGUUAUCAAUAUGUUAUCUUACCGCUCGGUGGAUAUAAGGAAAGCGCUUCAAUUGGAGGAACUUCUUGCACGGGAAGAAUUCGAAUACAUAAUCGAAGAAGAAGUGGCUAAGCAGACAAUCAGAACUUGGUUACAAGGCUGUUUGAAGAAAAUACGAGCGAAGCAACAAAAUAGUCUUAUCGCCGGGUUACGUGCUACAAAUAACGCAGCUGCGCCGCCUCAAGAUGUAGAGAAGGGUAAAGAAGAGAAAGGAAAGGAAGUUAGUAUCGAUCGUGAAGAAGAGAUUGAAACAAAGGACAUCGAAGCUCCAAAAUACAGGACCAAGAAACCCAUGGUGCUUCCAAGAUCGGACAGUAUAGGAAGUGCUUCGGGAAGAAAGUAUCUAGCACCAACCUUGUCGGAUCCUGCAUCCGUUCGAACCGAGAAAGAAAAGAUCGCAGCAUCAAAGAAGAGGAAUAGUAGACAGCCAUCACUAGUAAAAAAUAAUUUACACCAUCUGACGGAUAAUACGGAGCAAAGUAGACAGCAGAGAGAGGCGUUGAACAACAAAACAACCGCGCCUAAAGUCUCCAGCGUCAUGCUGGAGGUUCGAGAAUGGUGGAAGGAGCAAUUAGCUUACAGCAGCGAAUCCAGCGAGGAUGAACUCUGAAUUGUUCGAAGUAAACAAUUAUGAUUCAAUUUGUAGAUUGCAAAGUGAGGAUUCCUAUUUUUAACAGACGUAAAAAACGAAUUCUCAGCCUAAGGAUUUUGCAUCCAGCGAGGAAAAAGAUCUGACGAAUGUGGUAUGUGCCUAAUAAUUUUAAUCGCCAUCCCUCCCCAUCCCUUUCUCCUAAGCUCGAAGAACUUUAACGCGUUGAGCUUCGAUCAUAAUUCGUUGCUUUCACUGCUAAGAAUUAUAUUAAUAUUUUGCUAUGCCAAGGCAGUGUGCACAGAGCGAGCUAAACGUUAAAUUUUUCAUUAUACGUUUAUGAAGCUCAUCGUGUUAGAAGAAUCGAUUUUCUACCGGAGAGAUUAUUAUUAUUAUCGAAAUACAUACGAACACACAUAUACGUACACUCGCAUUUCGUAUAAAACUCGGGACAUCACUGCCGUGUAUCAAACCGAUCGUCCAUACGUAAAUGCUUAAUAUCCUUGACCAUCAGUUUGUUAAAAGAUUUCGAUGUAUGUGUUGAUGGGGAAUUUUAUGUACGUCUUUCACGUACUGUCAUUCUUACAUCAUCCAGCUAUUUUUUAAAACAUCUCGAAGUAACUGUAGCAAAUUUUGUACAAUACGAUGUUGAUUAUCACGCGAGUAAUAGCUAGAAUUGAUUAUGGUGUUACUAAGGGCAACUGUGAGUACAAUUAGUAUAGAACACGAUUCGUCGUAGAUAUUUUUGUCGUGAAGAGAAUAUUGAUUCUGUGUAAAAACAAUGUUAGAACGUUGCAGAUCAUCGAUUUUUUUCCUUCUUAACAAGAAUAUAUCCUGAAGACCUAGUAUUGUAGAUCUACGUGAUUGAUUUGAUAUUGACAGUUGUAAAGUUUUAGCGCGCAACCGUUGAUGUUAUAUUAUCUUUGUUAUUAAUUAGCAGUAACGUUGUUACGGGUGUAGCUUCAGUGAGAAGAGAUGUCUGUGCAGUUGCAUGUUACCUGUCGGAUGAUGUAACUUAUUUUGAAAUGCGACUGCAUGGAUUCUCCAUAACGUGUAUGUUGAGCAUACGAGAGAUAAAGAAAAAUGAGAAUUUAUAUUAAAUAUAAACGAUUGUCGUAUGUUUUUAUAACGAGACGACGUGCGAAUACGUCAAAUAAAUUUGUGAGACGAUCUUUUUUGGCGGAAACGCGAUCGAUGUUAGCGCAAUAAUACGCAUACGCACACACGCACGAUAAAAUGUUAUGCAUAUAUAUAUAUAUAUAUAUA